AUGGAGAGACCAGACAGUACUUACAAGGAGAAAGUUCGGUCUUUGUGGGGUGUCAUCAAGAAAGAAGUACGGCUCUCUGACAUUGCUGACCACAUGGUGGAAAAUGGUGUUCUGUCCUUAGAAAAUCUGGAAGAGUUGAAGACCGCACAUAUCACAGAAAGAGAGCGAACUGAAAAGUUCCUCCUUAUUCUCAUCAAACAGAAUAACUCCAAACACUUCCAGACCUUCAUCAACGCUAUCAGAAACACUGGCCGCGAAGACCUGUCGUCUCAACUUCAGCCUAAAGGUAUACGUUUCAGUCUGACUGCUUGUGCCUAUGAUGGUGGUGCAGAGACAGGAUAUGAAGACUCAGAUACAGCCGUGAAAGAGAACGUAUCUAAAAUUGAACAAUUAAUGAUGAGGUUGGAAAUGAUGUACGAACGACAAGAAUCAAAGAUUGACCAGGUCCUUUCAGAGCAACAAACGGCACGAUAUAAAAUGGAUUCGGUCAUUUCAGAGCAGCAAAUGGCAAAAACUCAAAUGAAUCUGGUACUCACACAACAUCAUACCACUGGAGAGAGAAUAGAAGUUCUUAUGGAAAGAAAUGAAACAAUAUCAAGUCAGAUGGAAAAUAUUGCUGCAGACAUCGAUACAAGGUUUGAAACAUUUGAAACAUACCAAAAAGGUUACGAAGAUUACAAAACUCUACGACAGAAGCACGAAGAGCUACUUGAAGAAUGCAAUAGGAAGGAAGAAGAGUUAAAAAGACUCCAGAGUCAGCUAAACAACCAAUUGUCAGAUUUCGAUACUCCAUACAAAGAGAAAUAUGAGACUUUACAAACUCAAUUCAUUGCUUUGAAGAAAACUAAUGAGGCGAGAGUCAAUCGAUUAAAAAGCCUUAAUCAGGAAAUCGUAUCGUUUCGUAAACGAUUUGCUGAAACCUUCCCUGUUCCACAUCCACAGCAUCUCGGCGAGGUAAUGAGCCAUUUUGAAUCUAUUCACGAUAGUAUGAAGCAGGAAAUUGACUCCUUGACGCAUAAGAUGGAAAUUUUAGGAAAAGACAACGAGAAUUUGAUUAUGAGGAAUGAAAGGUUGCAGGAAGAGCUGAUUAAUGUCGAAAAAAUGCUCGGAGAAGAAAACCAAAAACUGAAAAAAGAAAAGCAGCAGUUGCAAGAAGAACUCUCCUGCAUAAAGAAAAAGAAAGAGAAAAAGAGCUCCAAAGGACGCAAUCAAGACAAAAAUGUUCCUACAAAAGCAAAAGACAACAAAUGCAACUGUCGAAAAAGACAGAUUACAGAAGAGACAGAAGAGAAAGAUUAG